UCAAUGGCUAAUUUCGCAUUUCUUCUUAUUUUUACAAUGACAUUAUCUUCAUGUCACCUUCUCUCACUUGGAUUACUCGAUCAAAACCAAACAUUCGAAACCCUCAUGGCUAGAGCUUGUCACAAGAUCAACAACCAAGACUCAUGCCUCUCAGCCCUCCAAUCCCAUUUCGAGAGCCACGACCACCCCGCCGUCUCCGUCCUCACGGCCGCCCUCAAGAACUCGAUCAACGAGGCUCGGUCCGCCAUCAACAAGAUCGCGACGUUCAACACGCUCUCCAUAACCUACCGCGAGCAGCUGGCCGUGGAGGACUGCAAGGAGCUCCUCGACUUCUCGGUAUCCGAGCUCGCGUGGUCCUUGGCGGAGAUGAACAACAUCCACGCCGGCCGCAAAACCCCUCACUCCGACGGAAACCUAAAGGCCUGGCUGAGCGCAGCGCUCAGCAACCAGGACACCUGCCUAGAAGGGUUCGAGGGCACCGACCGGCGCCUCCAGCGCUUCGUGCGGGGCAGCCUCACGCAGGUCACGCAGCUCAUCGGCAAUGUGUUAACUCUCUACACACAGAUGCACGGCCUGCCUUUCAAGCCGCCAAGGAAGAAUGCAACGGAAGAUCCCAUUUAUCCGGGCUUCCCGGAAUGGAUGACGGACGGCGAUAAGGCUCUUCUCGCCUCCGGCCCCACUGGGAUGCACGUCGACUCAGUGGUGGCGUUGGACGGCAGCGGGCACUACCGGUCGAUCGGGCAGGCGAUUUUGGAGGCGCCCGAUCACAGCAACCGGAGGUUUGUGAUCUACGUGAAGAAAGGGGUUUACCAUGAGAAUGUCGACAUGAAGAAGAAGAAAACUAAUAUUAUGCUUGUCGGAGAUGGUAUUGGCCAAACUGUUAUCACCGGCGACCGCAAUUUCAUGCAGGGAUGGACUACUUUUCGAACUGCCACUGUUGCUGUUUCGGGGAAGGGAUUCAUAGCAAGGGACAUAACAUUCCGUAACACGGCAGGGCCGGAGAACCACCAGGGGGUGGCCCUGCGUGUGGACUCGGACCAAUCGGCCUUCUUCAGGUGCAGCAUGGAAGGGUACCAAGACACCCUCUACGCUCACUCCCUUAGGCAGUUCUACCGCGAGUGCAGCAUCUCGGGCACCAUCGACUUCAUAUUUGGCAACGGGGCGGCCGUGCUCCAGCAGUGCAAGAUCUUCACGAGGGAGCCGCUGCCGCUGCAGAAGGUGACCAUCACCGCGCAGGGGCGGAAGGACCCGCACCAGAGCACUGGCUUCACCAUCCAGGACAGCUACGUGUACGCGACGCGCCCCACCUACCUCGGCCGCCCCUGGAAGCAGUACUCCCGGACUGUCUACAUAAACACUUACAUGAGCUCUAUGGUGCAGCCCAGAGGCUGGCUCGAGUGGUAUGGGGACUUCGCUUUGGGCACUCUAUGGUAUGGUGAGUAUCGGAAUUACGGCCCAGGAGCCGCUCUUUCCGGCAGGGUGAGGUGGCCCGGUUACCAUAUCAUCAGGGAUGCUGCCACCGCCGGUUUCUUCACCGUCGGCCGUUUUCUCGACGGGAUGGCGUGGCUUCCUGCCACCGGCGUCAAGUUCUCUGUCGGCCUAUCCAAUUAGUUUAUCUUUAUUCUAUUUCAAUUUAAGGAUUUACGUAUAAUUAAAAAUAUAGAUUACUAUCUAGAUCAACUGAAUUUAUUUUGGUACCGCUAAAUUUGUGACCGAUAUCACCGCAGUGUAACCUCCACUAUUCAUGGAUGGUACUACAACAAUAUUGAAAUGAGUGGUUGAAUUGUUUUUUCCCCCUA